AUGGCGGCACAAAAGAGGAUCGAAGCAAUAUUAGAGAGGCUGUUUCCGGAAUCUCCGACCACCGCCACCACCAAAUCCAAGCCUAAUAAUAGCGAUAAUAAUCAUCAUAAUAAUAACGGCUCCUCUGCUUCCACCACCACCAGUAGUGCUGAUGGAGUUCGGUGGUUGAAAGGCAAGAAACGGCCGAAUGUAUCCUCUGCAUUGGGCAUACUUGGUCCAAAAUCGAGGUUAAAUCCAACGGAGGAAAUGCAGGUGUCAUCCGGUUCAAGUGGUUCAGUACAAGCUCCAUCUUGCAGACCAUGGGACCGUGACGAUCUAUUUAGGAGGUUGUCUACUUUCAAGUCCAUGACUUGGUUUGCUAAACCACAGACAAUUAGUGCAGUGAAUUGCGCUAGGAGGGGUUGGAUCAAUGUGGAUAUGGAUACCCUUGCCUGUGAAUCAUGUGGUGCACGUCUUCUUUUUUCUACUCCAUCAUCUUGGACACAGCAACAAGUUGAGAAGGCAGCCUUGGUAUUCAGUUUGAAGCUAGAUACUGGGCACAAACUACUUUGCCCAUGGGUGGACAAUAUCUGUGACGAAAAACUUGCAGAGUUUCCCCCGAAGCCAACUACUGUUUUAGUUGAUGACUAUAAAAAAAGGUGUUCAGCUUUAUUGCAGCUUUCAGCUCUCCCAAUCAUUUCACCUUCCGCUAUUGAUUACAUAAGAAGCCCUCAGCUGGAGCAAUUUUUUGGAGGACCUUCAGGUGCGGAGAAGAAUAAAUCUGCUGAUGCUAGUAGAAGUCUCAUAAAUAACCCUCCUUCAGCAUCUUCUGCUUCAUACUAUCAGGCACAAAAGCUAAUCAGUCUCUUUGGCUGGGAAUUUCAUUCAUUACCUUAUACUGUUGAUUGCAAGGUUGGAAAAGAAGAUUCUAGCAACAAUGUAAAUUUGGCAAAUCAACCUCAUCUAGCCUCUGAUAAGCUUAAUCUGAGUGUCAUCCGUUCCUCUGCUAAAGGGGUUUUGGAGGCUGAUAAUGAUUCUCAGGCUUCUGAGAGAGUUCUCUAUGAACCCAAUUCCGUUGUCUUUGAGUGCAGGCUUUGUGGUGCUAGUAUUGGUUUGUGGGCUUUUUCUUCAGUUCCACAACCUAUAGAGUUUCUGAGGUUGGUUGGAUAUACUGAAGUUGAUGGUCAAAAUGAUACUCCCCAAUCCAAGAAUAGUGCUCCUGGGACCUCCUUUUCCAGCAAUGAGGGUCGUAAUGAUUUUGCGGCUUCUACAUCUUCAAAUGAGAAGACAUGUACUUUGAAUUUGACAAUUGCUGGUGGUCCUCCACCUGCAAAGCAAAAUUAUAGAGCAACUAUAUCUUUGCCUCUGAUUGGACGGAAUUUGAGAGCUCGAUUUUCCACCAACUAUAUGGUCGGUAAAGACCAAGAAAUGGCAUUGGUGGAAGGGAAUACAUCGCAACAGGCAAAUGAUCAAGUUGGUGAACCAGUUUCCAAUAAUGAAAAACAACUUGAAAACAUGGAGGUUGUAGGAGGAGGUUUGGGUAGUGCUGACAUGCUAGUAAAAAAUGUGGGUAGUGCCGAGACAGUUGAUUCUGUAGUUGAGGACUGUAACAGGUCACAAAUUGGGGAAUUUUCCGGCUGUAAUGUCAAAAAUAAUGUUGGGAUGGUCGUUGAGACUGCCACAUGCAAAAAUGACAACUUGCCAGGUGAUAAGGAAAGUAACAAUGCUGUGGAGUCUGGAGGGCAGGCUGGAGACAGCAAUGUUCCUCACACUAGUUUGGGUAAAAGAGCUAUCUUCGUUUUUUGCAGUGUCUCAUGUUUGAACUUUUACCUUGACAAAGAAAAAAAUAGUGUGUCUUCUUUUCUGGUCUUUUUAUGA